AGCACACAAACCGGGGAGCUGCAACUCUGCAGAGGGAUAAAAAAAACUUCGCAGAAAGACGCCUUUUCGACCAGCUCUUGCAAAAAGAAAACGUGCAAACAGCGUUUAAACUGUUAUGGUCAUGGAUGGUCUCAUGCACCACUAGAACCGAGGAUUUGUCGACCUACUAUGGAGCCUCCGGAUAAUAGCGAACCUAGCAGGCAGGCCAAUCCCUCAAAAUAUGGUUUGGUGCAUCAGAACUGCGAGGUGGAAGAGUUGUGGGACAAGCGCAGCAAGGAAGAGGAAGCUCUGCACAGCACGUCUCCCCCCUGCACCCCCCGGCAGAUGAAACGCAUGUCGGGGAAACACCAGAAGAACCGCCAAGGUCAGGGAAGGUCGGCUAGACGCUCUCCUAACAAGGCAGACAAGCAGACGUCCCCAUCCAGUCCAUCCCAGCCCCAGAGAGAGAGGCAGCCCAACCCCAACAGGCUCAGAGAAGGGGCCGAGCGAGACCAAGACAAAGACUCCCACCUCCAGCCCCCUGAGGCCGAGCAACAUAACUACAAGUUGGGCAAGAAACAGACCGACCCUUCUGAGGGGAUCCAAAUAAACAAACAAGUAAAGAAACAAAGCGAGGAUCAACAACACAGCUACAAACAGGGUCAAAAACAACGUGCCACCCUGCGUUCCAGCGAGAGAGACCACAAGAAGACCUUCCACGGUUCCUUCAUGCUGAACCCGCUCACCAAGACCUCCAGCCCCUUCGGUGGAGGCUCAGCCCUCAACAUGGACCCCAGGAAACCCUACCUGUCACUGGGCUGCGGCAGCGGCAAGCUCCUGGUCACUAUGCCCCACCCCAUGGCCCACCGCACCCACCGCCAGACUUCCCGUACAGACUGCCCUGCUGAUAGACUCAAGUUCUUUGAGACGCUGAGGUUGUUAUUGAAGCUGACAUCCAUGUCGUCCAAGAAGAAGGAGAAGGAGCAGCGUGGCCUGGAGAACUCAGCCUUCAUGGCCCAGAACAAUGACGUGGUGUGGCUGGAGCUCCAGGCGUGGCAUGCCAGACGCUCCGUCAACGACCAGGACCUGUUCCUGUUCACAGCUCGUCAGGCCAUCCCAGACAUCAUCCACGAGGUCCUCCACUUCAAGGUUAACUACCACAGCCUGAGCCCUAGCACCAUAGGCGUUGGGCAACCUGGCCUGCGGACGGGGGUAGGAGUGGGAGUACCAGGGGCAUCUCCAGACCAGGGGGCCCAGAGGACUCUAGUGUUCACAGAGUCAGGCUGUGGAGGUCCAGGCCAGGUGCCCAAGCAGAGGUCUCCAACCCAGGGCUCAGAGACUGUUUCUGGGAAGGAAGGGGACUCUAACCAGCCUGCUGCUGGUGGAGCUCCAGAGACUAACCACGCUGUUUCAGUUGACCCGUGGGGCUUCAGCGCCAACCCCUCCUCGGCAGUAGACGCAGCGGCCCCCCUGGGUUCCGGGGCGGGGUACAGGGAGCACCUCCAGCGCCAGCGGCUGGCCUUCGAGCAGGUCAAACGGGUGAUGGAGCUGCUGGAGUCAGUAGAGGCUUUGUACCCGUCCCUGCAGACCCUCCAGAAGGACUAUGAGAAGUACGCGGCCAGGGACUUCCAGGGCAGGGUGCAGGCACUCUGUCUUUGGCUCAACAUCACACAGGAUCUGAACCAGAAGCUGCGUGUCAUGGCCACUGUCCUCGGCCUCCGGGACCUCUCCCGUAUCGGCUGGCCCGUCUUCGAGAUCCCCUCGCCACGCUGUUCCCACGGCAAUGACGACAAAGACGAGGAUGAAGAAGACGAGGAGAAGGACUCCACGGCAACCUUCAUCGCCAGCGACAGCGACGGAGAGGACCGGGACCUAGUGGUGGAGGAUGGGGGAACGGACGAGCCCCAAGGGAUCGAGACGAUGGGAGAGCUCUUCCCCUGUUUGACUCCUAAAUUCCCCCACUUACUAUCCGAAGACAAAUUCCUCCCAGCGGCUGGGACUGGGACUAUAGAGGUGGUAUCAGGGGGAACAGGGACAGGGGGGAUAUACUGUCCCACAGCCAUCUACAGACCCUUUGUAGAUAAGGCCUUGAAACAGAUGGGGCUGAGGAAACUGAUCCUGAGGCUUCACAAGCUGAUGGACCCCUCCCUCCAGAGGUCCCGGGCAGCCCUGCUCAGCCACAUGCCUGCACAGGAGUUCACAGACUUCCCAGACCCCAUGCUGUACAGUGACUACCUACCAGAACUGUCCCGCCACCUGUCCUCCUGUAGCGCCCCCUGUGGCCCGGAGCUGGGGGCAGACCAGGUCUCUUGGGAGGAGCUGUUGGACAUGGACCUACCCUCGUUCCGACCUGCCUUCUUGGUCCUGUGCCGGGUCCUGCUGAACGUGAUACAUGAGUGCCUUAAACUGAGACUGGAACAGAGACCUGCAGGGGAGCCUUCACUGCUCAGCAUCAAACAGUUGGUGCGUGAAUGUAAGGAGGUGUUGAAAGGUGGUCUCCUGAUGAAGCAGUAUUACCAGUACAUGCUGAGGCGGGUGGUCACAGACCCCCAGGGACUCCAGACCAACGCCAACAUAGACGAGUUUGAGGACGACCUCCACAAGAUGCUAGUGGUGUACUUUGACUACAUGCACAGCUGGAUCCAGAUGCUGCAGCAGCUUCCCCAGGCCUCCCACAGCCUGAAGAACCUUCUAGAGGAGGAGUGGGACUUUACCAAGGUCAUCACCCCUUACAUCAGAGGAGGGGAGGCUCAGUCUGGGAAACUCUUCUGUGAUAUUGCUGGGAUGCUGCUCAAGUCCACUGGGGACUUCCUGGACGCGGGCCUGCAGAGGAGUGGUGAUGAAUUCUGGGAAAGUGCCGAUGACAGUACAGUCUCAGAUGAGAUCAGGCGGUCGGUAAUCGAGACGAGCCGGUCACUCAAGGAACUGUUCCACGAGGCUAGAGAGAGGGCGUCCAAAGCUCUGGGCUUUGCCAAAAUGCUCCGUAAGGACCUGGAGAUUGCUGCGGACUUCAGCAUUACCAGGGGGGUACCAUGCCUCCUGGAGGCCCUCAUGGAGAGAAACUAUGUCAAGGUCCAGAUCCCAGGGCUGGAGGAGCUGGAGGUGUUUGUCCCCGGUUCCCUGAUGGACCAGCGGGCCCUCAUCCUGCAACUUCUUAACGCUGCAGCUGGUAAGGACUGCAGUAAAGAGCCUGACGAGAUGAUGGCAGAGGAUGAGGCCUACCUGCUGAUGAGCAAGCACGGAGCAGGGGACUCACCUGGCGAGGCAGCCCAGGCUGCGGUGCAGUGGCAGUGGGACGGGGAGCUGGUCAAACUGGUGCCUCAGAUGGAGACUGUGGACACUCUACGAGCCAUGAAGGUGGAGAACCUGCUCCUGAUAGUGAUGCAAUCAGCCCACCUGGUGGCCCAGCGUAAGGCCUUCCAGCAGAGCAUGGAUGACCUGCUCACCCUCCACAGGGAACAAACUUCCAGCCAGCCCCUCAUCGCCCGCUCCCUGGAGCAACUCAAGAACGAAGCCUUACAGCUGUGUAUAAAGAUCAACACAGCCAUCGACCGGGUGGAGUACAUGUUCACGUCAGAGUUUGAGGUGGAGGUGGAGGAGUCGGAGUCGGCCACACUACAGCAGUACUACAGAGAAGCCAUGAUACAGGGAUACAACUUUGCCUUCGAGUACCACAAGGAGGUGGUGCGUCUGAUGUCGGGGGAGUUCCGUCAGCGGAUCGGGGAGCGCUACAUCUCUUUCGCCAGGAAGUGGAUGAACUAUGUCCUCACUAAGUGUGAAAGUGGCCGGGGUACCAGACCCCGCUGGGCCACUCAAGGCUUUGAUUUCCUCCAAGCCAUCGAACCUGCCUUCAUCUCUGCUUUACCAGAGGACGACUUCCUAAAUUUGCAAGCUCUGAUGAACGAGUGCAUUGGUCAUGUGAUCGGGAAGCCUCACAGCCCAGUCAGUGGCCUGUACAUAGCCUCCAGGAACAGUCCUCGACCGGUCAAGGUCCCUCGUUGCCAUAGUGACCCCCCCAACCCCCAGCUGUUCAUCCCCAAUGCAGAGGGCUUCAGCUCUAGGAGUCUCCCUUGCGACCUACGGACUCAGCUGUGUCUACCUACAGGCCCCCGCACAGUCCCUGCCCCUCAGGGCCCCCCCGGGGAACACGGUCCAACCAAAGCACCUGGAUCCACCCCAAAUGACGUCAGAGGGACCAACCUCCAGGAGAACGACAGGCUGUGGUCUGCAGCGGCCGAGAUGCAUUUCAGGUCUCUGAGCCGACACUCCAGUCCCACUGAGAACAGGGAAGAACCCUCCUAUCCUAAGGGAGGAGAACCCAGCAGCACAGCUAGGAGAAGCUGGGAACUCCGCACCUUCAUCAGCCAAUCAAAAGACACGGCAGCCAGACAGAGCCCCAUGGAAGCUGUACGUCGCUCCAUACACUCCUUCGAGGACAAACGCUACGCAGUCAUGAAGCAAAGGAACAUCAUUGGCCAGGUGUGCGACACCCCCAAAUCCUACGACAACGUCAUGCACGUUGGCCUCCGCAAGGUCACCUUCAAGUGGCAGAGGGGCAACAAGAUAGGUGAGGGACAGUAUGGCAAGGUGUACACCUGCAUCAACGUGGACACUGGGGAACUCAUGGCUAUGAAGGAGAUCCGGUUCCAGCCGAACGACCAUAAGGCGAUAAAGGAGACAGCAGAUGAGCUGAAGAUCUUUGAGGGCAUCAAACACCCCAACCUGGUCCGCUACUUUGGUGUUGAGCUACAUCGGGAGGAGAUGUACAUCUUCAUGGAGUACUGUGAUGAGGGGACCCUGGAGGAGGUGUCCAGGCUUGGCCUACAGGAACACGUCAUCAGGCUGUACAGCAAACAGACCACCACGGCCAUCAACGUGCUGCACGAACACGGCAUCGUGCACCGAGACAUCAAGGGAGCCAACAUCUUCCUGACGUCGUCAGGCUUGAUCAAGCUGGGGGACUUUGGCUGUUCUGUGAAGCUGAACAAUGCCCAGACCAUGCCUGGAGAGGUUAACAGCACCAUGGGAACGGCAGCAUAUAUGGCACCUGAGGUCAUUACGAGGGCAAAGGGCGAAGGUCAUGGCCGAGCAGCUGACAUCUGGAGUUUGGGAUGUGUCCUCAUCGAGAUGGUGACUGGGAAGAGGCCAUGGCACGAGUAUGAGCACAACUUCCAGAUCAUGUACAAGGUGGGUAUGGGCCACAAGCCCCCCAUCCCAGAGAAGCUGUCCACUGAGGGGAAGGAUUUCCUGGGUCACUGUCUAGAGAGUGAGCCCAAACGACGCUGGACCGCCAGUACCCUGCUAGACCACCCCUUCGUCAAGGUUUGCACGGAUGAAGAGUGAGGGGGAACUGACACCGCUGCUCCCACGUUUACAAACUAUAGCACUACUGUUCAUGUUGGCCAGAGACCGAAAGAUGAGGGUCUUGUGAACACAGGAAAUUAUGACUGCAGGCAUAUGGCGCUAAACUGAGGAACUUUAUUAAGACAUAAUUUCCGAUGGAUGACUAAACUGGAUCACUUGGAUCGUGUUCCUUACAAACCAAGCGGAAGAAAACUGACUGCAACAGGGAGAGACACUAUCUGUUGAAAAACGUUUUGCUACAGUGUGCCCUAAUGAACAUGACCCUGUAGUAGAAGUCUUAUGUCCUGGGGAGGGCAAUGUAUUGUACAUACUGUAAUAAUAGGAUUGGAUCGAUCCUUGUAUAAACAAUAUUGUAAAGCUUAGGUAAUAAGUAUAGCCACAUCUUGUUGUUCUCUCAUUGGUGAAGAUGAGAUGGAACAAGGCAAAUGAGGAAGAUAUUGAAAAACAAAAGCUAUGGCACUUUAAAUAAAGCAGUUUUUUCCUUUCAGUGAGUGUACUAGGGACAGUUGAGAUCUAAGUUCACUGCAGACAUUUGGGCCUCGUUCAGUAGGCAAACGUUGUGGAACAUUGCAGCUAGAAAUGUCAAAAGGCAUGUUUGUUUUACAUAACAUACCUGAAUGUUCCACAAUGUUGUGCCCUUCUGAACGUGCCCCAGGUUUAGUCGAGGCAGCAGUCUUUCCUUCAGUCGUUUGAUGAGGUGAUUGUCAUUGCACAGAAGCAGGGGAUGCUGUACUUAGUGCCAUCUGUAAUUAUUGGGACAAAACAUUUUUCUUUUUGGCGUUAUACUUCAAAAGUUUUUAUUUUAAAUCAAACAAUGACUGAGGGUGUUAUCAUCCAUAUCAUGUGAACUGUUUAGCACUUUUCAGACAUUAGUCCCCCCCAUUUUAGGGGGCCAAUUUACAGUCAAAAAAAAAAAGUAUUUUUGGUCCCAUAUUCAUAGCACUACAUCAAGCUUGUGACCAAACUUAUUGGAUAAUCUUGAAUAAUGAGUGAAAGUUCACCACACACAUCUCAUACCCAAGACAUGCUAACCUCUCGUUAUUGUAAUGGUGAGACGUUAGCCUCACUCAUCAUUAUCCAAAGUGUUCAGAAACAUAGUAUUUUUUACAAUAAGUGACUGCAAUGACACAUUAUAAAAUGACAUCAGCUUGUUGUAGUCCUUGUGUGCUAUAAAUAUGGGACCAAAUACUGACUACUUCAAUAAACAAGUGAAUUUGUCCCAAUACUUUUGGUUACCUAAAAAGUGCUUUAUUUCUAAAAUGGUUCACCCGAUAUGGAUGAAAAUACCCUUAAAUUAAAGCUGACAGUCUUCACUUUAACCUCAGUCAUUGUUUGAUUUCAAAUCCAAACUGAGUCCAUAAGAAAAAUGUAUUCACUGAGGACACUGUAUAAGAAACAAUUUCCACCCAUACAUUAAAUUAACAAUCAAUGGCUGUGGGGAAGAGUCUAGGAAGGAAAGAACGUUUAUUUUUUAUUUUUGGUGGAUUUGUUUUAAAAUAGUUAUUUCGCCUUGCUGAGGAUCCCAUUUUUACAGUUGGAGAUUAAGCUUACGUCCCAAAUGGGAUGUAGAGGGUAUGGGCAGCACUGAUUGGUUGACAGAGUCAGACAGGUGUGUUCCGAUUGGAGAGCCAUGGAACUGAAGCAUAUCCAACCGAGGAGAGAGACAACGGUCCGAUCUCACUCCCUGCUGCUGAAUGCACACACACACUUUCUGGUCCUCUGCUAUGUACAAACAAUAUUACAUCUUUAAGAAAUGCUGUGAGAUUAGUAUGUCCUAGAUUCAUCAAACAUAACAUGGUAAUGUUUACACAGGAUCUUAAAAUAGAAGGGACUGCCUGUGUUUGUACGUACACACUGCUGAAACUAAAGCCAGCGUCAACCUGUGAAGUGGGCUUAUCUGGUACUUCAGUUUAUUACAGAAUCUCAUAUGUGCAAAAAAGUUGUCAAUUUUCAUCACAAUUUUAGUGCAUGUAACACACACCAACAUGUAUGACUAAAGCGUGUUGUGAUAUGGCAAGGACAACAGUAUGCAUGCCCUGAACCUACAGUGCAUUCGGAAAGUAUUCAGACCUCUUGACUUUUUCCACAUUGUCACAUUCUAAAACUGGAUGAAAAAAAAAAAAAAAA